AGCAGGCCGAUUGAGAUUGGAAACGUGUUGGUUGGUGUUUUUGUUUAUAAAGUUUAGUCUUACGAAAUUUUCAUUUGUCUGGAAACCUAGAGAAGUUCCUAAAUAUGGCUGAGGCUGAAACCAAACAUGAGAAGUUAGGCGGCUAUGAGUUUUACCAUAAAAUAUUGAAAUCACCCAAAUUCGUUGUGGCACCAAUGGUGGAUCAGAGUGAACUGGCCUGGCGUAUGAUGUGCAGGAAAUAUAAGGCCGAUCUGUGCUAUUCACCAAUGUUUCACAGCAAUUUAUUUGCGAAUGAUGUGAAGUAUCGCAAAGAUGCACUGCAAACAUGUCCUGAAGACAGGCCAUUUAUCAUACAGUUCUGCGGCAAUGAUCCCCAGGUACUAUUGAGUGCUGCUAUGUUGGCCCAAGAUCAUUGUGAUGCCAUUGACAUUAAUUUGGGGUGCCCCCAAGCAAUUGCCAAACGUGGCCACUAUGGUGCCUUCCUGCAGGAAGAAUGGGAGCUGCUGGAGAAAAUUGUACAAACUUUGCACAUCAACCUUAAGAUACCGGUAACAUGUAAAAUUAGAAUUUUUGAAGAUCGACAGAAAACUAUACGCUAUGCACAAAUGUUGGAGAGGGCAGGUUGUCAGCUGCUAACCGUACAUGGCAGAACGCGAGAGCAAAAAGGGCCACUGACCGGUAUAGCCGACUGGUCAUAUAUACGAGAGGUCAGAGAAAACAUUAAAAUUCCCAUGUUUGCCAAUGGCAAUGUACUGGGCAUUGAGGAUAUCUACCGUUGCAUUGAAGAGACCGGAGUCGAUGGAGUUAUGACGGCGGAAGGCAAUUUACACAAUCCAGCCUUGUUUACUGGCCAGUCACCCAAGAGCUGGGAGAUGGCCAGUGAAUAUCUGAACUUUGUUGAGAAAUAUCCUUGCCCCAUAUCCUAUAUAAGGGGGCAUUGUUUCAAAAUAUUCCACCACUUAAUGAAUGUAAAACCCAACAGCGAUUUGCGAGAAGAAUUGGCCGUGGCCAAUAACUUGCAAAAGUUCCGAGAAGUUGUAAAGAAAAUACAAUCGAAAUAUGAGCCAUAUCACGAAGGCAUACAAGUUUAUGAGGCGGAAGAAUUGGAUCCUAGUGUGGUACAGGAAGAACUUGCCUAUAAUCUAGCUCUGCCAUUAUGGUUGUGCCAGCCAUAUAUAAGAGUAGCUCCUGAAACCCAUAAACAAAUAUUGGCUGAGAAAGUGCGUCUGGCUGAGGAUCCCAAUCGAGAGAAGCGGCAAUAUUUUGAUAAUGAUGGCCAUGAAAUAUCCCGCAAACGCAUGAAAAAACUGCGACGUCGCAUGCGUCGUCCCAACAAACCAGAGGGCCGACAUGAACGCAGUUUGGAGAACUGCACCGAUUGCACCAAUCCCAUGGGCUCCAAGUGUGAAUUUCAACUUUGUCGCAUUUGUUGUCGUGAAAAAUGCUAUAGUCAGGAUAUGGAUUGUCCCGGUCAUGGAAUUCUUAUCAAAUCGCGAAGAGCCAAGGCAAAACUAUUUGAGGAAUCGAAACAUGAUUCAGGUGUAGCUGAAGAGCCCGAAGAGGAUGAUUCAGAUAAGAGUAUGCAAGAGGAAAGAGGGCAAACUGAGGUGCAACAGACAACUGUAGGCAUCUGCGAAGCUAACCAGAUUUCAGUACCUUUGGAUAGAUGAUCCAAGCUUACAAUGUGUAUGGUCUUAGCAAAAUUUUACUAUAAUGUUAUAUACAAAUAAGCAAAUACAUAGGUAGUUAUGUAGAAAAACAAA